ACAUAACUUUUAAAACAUUCGGGGGGCAUGGAAGUGCAAACUGAAGAAAAAACAUACCUUGUAUGAUUGUAUCUGGGUAGCGACGGCAAGUUCUGCCACUCAAAAACCGAGGAAGUCCUUCGUCUCUGAUCACCUGUCACCCUUCACCAUAAAGAAACCUAUUAUCAUAUUUCAGAGUAGAAGGUAUGGCCGGACAUAAUGAUUCUAGUGCAGUAGAGAAGAAAUCAAGUGAUCUUUCGAAUGACAUUCCAACCUUCAACGCUGAGAAUCUGCAGAGUAACAUGAAAACUAUAUAUUACAGCCGGACUUUUCUGUCUAUCGUUGGAGGGGUUAUUGCUGGAAUUCUUGGAUUCACAGGCUUGACUGGGUUUAUCUUGUAUUUCCUCAUCAUGGCCAUCACUUCAGCUGGGCUUAUAGCAAAGUCUGGGUUUUCAAUUCAUUCUUACUUUGAUAGCUGGAACCGGGUAGUACUUGAUGGAUUUUUUAGUGGGCUCAUGUCGUUCGUGCUAUUCUGGACUUUUGCCUACGACAUCGUGCACAUAUUCUGAUGGGUUUUUGCUACUUUUGGAACGGAAGUAAAGCUGUGAUGCUGCUGCGGGCCUGCAACUGCUGGAGGGAGAUGUAUUGGUGGUGUUUGUGUCACAGUUCAAAAAUGAAGUACCUGGGCCAUGGGCCGGUUUAAAUCCAUUAGCAAUUCCCUUUA